GGGCGGGGGGGGGGGGCGCUGUCCCUGCGCAUGCGCAAGCCUCCUUGCCCAAGGUCUAGCAGCUCACGUUGACCAUGGCUGAGCUGGGUGAAGCGGACGAAGCGGAGUUGCAGCGCCUGGUGGCCGCUGAGCAGCAGAAGGCGCAGUUCACCGCGCAGGUCCAUCAUUUCAUGGAACUAUGUUGGGAUAAGUGUGUGGAAAAGCCAGGAAAUCGACUAGACUCCCGCACUGAAAACUGUCUAUCUAGCUGUGUGGACCGCUUCAUUGACACUACGCUUGCCAUCACUGGCCGCUUUGCCCAGAUUGUACAGAAAGGCGGGCAGUAGGUCUCUCGGAAGAAUGACGGAAGAUGCAAAGACUUAUCACUAAGCAGAUUGGAUGGCCAGUGGAGAAAGAGUUGUAAACCCAGCGUCCACAUAGUACCAGGCAGUUACCAAGUCUGUUGGCACUAAAAAGUAGAUCAAAUGUUCAAAAAGUGAAAUUUUAUUUAUUUGGAAUCCAGUAAUUCCAGGUUGUAUCACACCAGUUAUUCAAUAAAUGUGACAUCUCCA